AGUGGGGCGGGGCCACGAAGGCACUUACGCGGGCAAACAUUUCCGCAUGGGAUUCAUGACGAUGCCCGCUCCUCAGGACAGACUUCCCCAUCCCUGCUCCAGCGGCUUUUCCGUGAGGUCCCAGUCCCUGCACUCGGUCGGGGGCACCGAGGACGACAGCAGCUGUGGCUCCCGCAGGCAGCCGCCCCCCAAGCCCAAGCGGGACCCCAGCACCAAGCUGAGCACGUCGUCCGAGACGGUCAACAGCACGGCGCCCGGCAAGAGCGGCAAGGCCGCCGAGCGGCCCGAAGUGUCCACCAAACCGAGACCCCACAGUGAUGAAUAUUCCAAGAAGAUCCCUCCUCCCAAACCCAAACGCAACCCGAACACUCAGCUGAGCACCUCUUUCGAUGAAACGUACAUCAAGAAGCACGGGCCGCGGAGGACGUCGCUCCCGCGCGACCCCUCCCUGUCCCAUGUCAGCAGCCCUGCGGGCGACCCCGAGGAGGAGGAGCCCGUGUACAUCGAGAUGGUGGGCAACAUCCUCAGAGACUUCAGGAAGGAGGACGACGACCAGAGCGAGGCCGUCUACGAGGAGAUGAAAUACCCCAUCUUCGACGACUUGGGCCAAGAUUCCAAAUGUGACCUUGACCAUCACAGUUGCUCUUCGCAGUGUGCUACUCCCACUGUGCCUGACUCGGACUUCGCCAAGUCCUCCGUGCCAUGUACUCCAAAGGGUUUGCUCUGUGACAUCCCCCCGCCCUUCCCCAACCUGCUCUCCCACAGACCCCCGCUGCUGGUGUUCCCCCCCGCACCGGUGCAGUGCUCCCCCAAUUCCGACGAGUCUCCGCUCACCCCGCUAGAGGUCACCAAGCUGCCGGUGCUGGAAAACGUGUCUUACAUGAAGCAGCAGCCGGGCGCGUCGCCGUCCGCACUGCCCUCCCACGCCUCCGGCCAUCCCAAGCUGGACAAAGAGCAGGCGGCGGCCCUGGGCCCGGGCCCCGCGGCCUCCGCGGCCACCGCGCUGUCCUCGUCCCCGCCCCCGCCGUCCACACUGUACCGGACGCAGUCCCCGCACGGCUACCCGAAGAGCCACUCGGCCUCGCCGUCGCCGGUCAGCAUGGGGCGGUCCCUGACCCCGCUCAGCCUCAAGCGGCCGCCGCCCUACGACGCGGUGCACCCGGGCAGCCUGUCCAGGGGCUCCCCGGCGGGGCCGCAUCCGAGCGCCAGGCCCGUGUCGCAGGACGGGGCCAAGAUGGUCAACGCGGCGGUGAACACCUACGGCCCCGCGCCGGGCGCCUCCCGCUCCAGGACCCCCACGAGCCCCUUGGAAGAACUGACCAGCCUCUUCACCUCCGGGCGGAGCCUGCUGCGCAAGUCGUCGUCGAGCGGCCGCAGGUCUAAGGACCCCGCAGAGAGUUCUGAAGUUCGCAAUGGCCUGGGCAUCCUUGAUCCACUGGAUCUGGUGACCCUCAGCUAA